GGCCCUUGAGGUUGCUUCCAACUCCAUGAUUCUAUUCUAUGAUAUCAAGGAAUGGGAAGCUCUUAAUGAACCAAAAGGCCUCAGAUCUCAUCUGAUCUUUGAAGCUAAAUUGGGUCAGCUCUGCUUAGCACUUGGAUGGGAGACCACCAAUGAAUAGCAGAUACUGUAGGCUAUAUUUCGAUGGAAGGAACUGCAAAACCACCUGUGAGUAUUCCUUGACUAAGAAAACCAUGUGAAAUGCAUGGGUUUGCCAUACAUCAACAGGAGACUUGAAAGCACAUAGACACAGAAAUGGAAAGGGUAAAGUUAAUACAUUGGGAACAGGAAGCCAAGUGUUGACAGGAGUGUGUAAUGGGAGACAAAGUUGCAGUAUAUUUGCGAGAGAGCAAAGAGUAAGCCGGGGCUAGAUUAUAUUAUCCCUGGUGAAUGAGACAAAUUCAAUGCAGAGAUUGAGUAAAUUCAUUUGAAAAGGAGACAUGCCGAGCCCCUGAAGGUCAGUAAAGGUGGCACAUUUUUGAUGUUGUGAUAUCUCUUCACAGCCAGCUUUCUGUAGUCCUUACUUCCUAACAGGACACAGUCAUGUCUAUGGUUGUUCCCUUCAUGAAGUCCUCUUAUGUAAUAUUAUAGAAGCCACAUUAGGUUGUUAUGCUACAGAACUCUGUGUAUUUUGAAUAUAUUGUAAAAGGCAAUCAGCAUUUUAAAAAUAAUAGUACCUGCAGGAUAUUGAUCCAUAUGAAAUAUUAACAAUACAUGCUUUAAUUUCAAAAUACUGUUUCUUUUCACUAUGUUUAUGAUGGAGUCAUUGAAGAAAUUUGCAGAUGUUGCAUUUUUUACUUCAAACACAAGGUGGUGCCAUUGUACAAUACAGGAAAAUCAGGGAUUACAUGUUUUGCUAGAAAGCUCUGGUCUUUAGACAGAAGAAGGCAACAGCUAUUCACAGAAAGGAAACCAGCAGAGAUUACAGCAGCCAAAAACAGUUGCACCUACUUCCAUGAAGAAGUGCAUCUGAGGGAAAAGGGUCCCAUUGGAAAUAUAAGAAAAGGUGAAAAGGAAACUGCAGGAGCUGCCUUGGAAAGCACCACUUUGGGCUCCCCACCUUCUUUGAAAAGUAGCAGGAGAAAUGGAAAUACACCACCAUACCAGGCAAGUUUCCUUGUUUCUUAUGUAUCUCUUUAGCACUGGGGUUGUGUGUGAGCCCUUCCACUAUUUAGUUCCAGAGGAAAAGAAAAGCGGAUCUGUGGUGGCUAAUGUGCUAAAAGAUUUAAAAGUGGAUAUCAAGGAGCUGUCUGCUCGGAAAGCCAGGCUGGUUUCUAAGAGCUCUAAGCAGUUUUUCCACCUGGAUCCUCACUCUGGGAAUUUGGUAUCAAUGGAUAAAAUAGACCGAGAGGCUCUGUGUGGACAGAAGGACCCUUGUGUUUUACCCUCUGAAAUAAUACUGGAAAAUCCUGUGCAGCUGCACAGAUUUGAAGUACAAAUAGAGGAUGUGAAUGACAAUACUCCCACCUUCUCUAAAAAUGAAUUCGUUUUUGAAAUACCUGAACAAACCCCCAUAAAUACUCAUUUCCCUUUGGAAAUAGCUCAGGAUUCAGACAGAGGAAGAAACAGUGUUCAGACCUACAUGCUUAGUUCCAGUGAACAUUUCAGGCUGGAUGUGCUAAGCCAUAGCGAUGGUAGCAAAUAUGCAGAACUGGUAUUGGAUAAAGCAUUAGACCGUGAGUUGAAUCCACAGCUUACUCUAAUUCUGGCAGCUGUUGAUGGAGGGAUCCCCAAAAGAACUGGAACAGCAGAGAUAAUAAUUGAUGUUCUAGAUGUUAAUGAUAAUGUGCCUCAGUUUGAACAAUCUGUGUACAGAAUAAAAGUAAUGGAAAAUAGCCCUUUGGAUACACUUGUUACCAAAGUGGAAGCCAGUGACAGAGAUAUUGGCUCCAAUGCUCACGUCACCUAUUCCUUCAGUCAAGUGCAGGAAAAUGUGCUGAGAUCGUUUAUGUUAAACAAAAAGACUGGUGAACUUAGACUUGGAGGGACAAUUGAUUAUGAAGAAGAUGGUAUGUAUGAGAUGAACAUUAGAGCCACAGAUGGAGGAGGACUAUCUGCUUACUGCAAAGUCAUAGUGGAGGUUGAAGAUGAGAAUGACAGUGCCCCAGAGGUGACCAUUACAUCUAUCAACAGUCCUUUACCAGAAGACUCUCCCUUACACACUGUGGCAGCCCUCUUCAGUGUCAUGGAUAGAGACUCUGGAGACAAUGGCAGAACUUCCUGCACCAUUGAGGCAAACCUGCCCUUUGUGCUAAAGGCCACAGAGAACAAUUAUUACCAGCUAGUGACCCAACAGCCUCUGGAUAGAGAACAUGUCUUUGAGUAUAACAUCACCAUCACAGCCACUGAUAGGGGCUCUCCUCGGCUAACUUCAACGAGAAUCAUUACCAUUCUGAUCUCAGAUAUCAAUGACAACCCUCCAGCAUUUGAAAGAUCCUUCUAUGACAUGCAUUUACAGGAAAACAAUAUCCCAGGCCUUCUCAUUGGCUCGGUCCAAGCUGUUGAUCUAGACACAGAGCAGAAUGCCCAAGUGACCUAUUCCCUUUUGCCUGGGAGGGUGCAGGAUGGCCCUGCAUCAUCUUACAUUUCCAUCAACUCUGAAACAGGAAAUAUAUAUGCCAUCCGAUCUCUAGAUUUCGAGGAAUUAAAAGUGUUUAGUGUAACCAUCCAGGCUGUGGAUAAAGGUUCUCCUCCAUUAAGUUCAGAGGCUCUUGUCCGAGUCCAUAUCCUAGAUGAAAACGACAAUGCCCCUUUCAUCCUCUGCCCAUUUCAGAACAGCACUUCCCCUUCAAAUGACCUGGUGCCCAGGGGAGCAGACACUGGCUACUUGGUCACCAAGGUGGUGGCCGUGGACAGAGAUGCUGGUCAGAACUCUUGGCUUUCCUAUCACCUCCUGAAGGCCACAGAGCCCAGUCUGUUCUCUGUGGGGGCCCAAAAUGGAGAAGUGAAAACCCUGAGGCCAGUGAGUAAACGGGAUGCUGUGAAGCAAAAUCUGAUUGUGGUUGUCAGAGAUAAUGGGCAUCCUCCACUGUCUGCCUCUGCCUCACUACGGAUUCUUUUAUUGGAUGCCUUCUCUGACCCUUACAUGAAUGUUAGGGAUAUCCCAAAGGAGGAGAUCAUACAGGAGGAAGAUCGUACCCUGACUAUGUAUCUAAUCCUAUGCUUGGCUGCCAUCUCCUCUGUAUUCUUCCUUUCUCUGCUGGUGUUUAUUGCCAUCAAGAUUCAGAAGCAAAGGAAGUUGAUAAGAAGCUAUAACUCUACACCUAAUUUCGCUGUGGGACCUAAUUCCCAGGAGAACCAUAUGGAGUCUGGAAGAGAGUCCCUUUCUCAAGCCUACAACUAUGAGGUGUGUUUAGCGGGUGGCUCUCUGAACAGCGAGUUCCGGUUUCUGAGGCCUCUGUUCCCAGUUUUUUCUAUGGGGCCUCCAAACACCCAGGAAGACCCAAGGAAUUCAACUUAUUCCCAAGAGGUCCCUAGUCGUGCAGGGGAAAGCCAAUUAACUCAGGCCAGAGCUUCUCUCUCGGAAGAUGCAGCUCCCAGACCUGGAGGCCCAGGUCCCACGGUUAAUCAAGCAAUAGGUGCAAAUGUGAACUCAGGUCAAAAUGACUGGCUUUCCUAUCAAUAGAAGAGGAUAAUCAACUCAGCCUGUCGUUCUGUCUCUAUAGGAAGAAAAAAUCCCCAAGAGAUCGAGCUUCAAACAACCAGAGGAUUUGGGUCCUCUUCCUAAGAAGGAAAAACACCAGGCACUAAGACUUGAAAACUCUUUUGUUUAAGCCAAAUUGAAAUGAACAGGGAUGCCCUUGUGCUGCUCCCUUUCAUUUCAAUGAGGUUUGUGUAAGAGAAUUUAGAGGUGGAUUGUGCCCAUACAUGUCCCAGGUAUAUAGCUGCUUAGUUAUUUCUGCUUCAUAGGAUUUUGCAAUAGACUACUACUUUUCUGAUCUAGCUUUUAAGGAAACCCUGUUGCAUGCUUUUUGCUGUUGUGAUUAUACCUUAAUUUAUAAUCAUUAGACUUUUAUUUCUGCUCUCUUUAUAAUAUUUUCAGUGGGUUAUACCAUCUUUUGAGGAAUUCUGUUCAUUGACUUUAUCAUAUAGAGUAUUGAAGAGCAGCUGUUACUAAUGAAGUCCUAGAAAAACAAGUGAAUGAAUUAACUUAGGCUGCAUCCACACUGCAAAAAUAAUCCAGUUUCAUACCAGUUCAACCACCAUGGUGCAAUGCAGCACCAGAUCUGUCUGACAGAGAAGGCUAAAUGUCUCACAAAACUCCAAUUCCCAGAAUUGCAUAGCAGUCAGUCAUGACAGUUAAAGUAGUGUCAAACUGGAUUAUUUCUGCAGUGUGGAUGUAGCCCUAGUAAGAAGAAGAAAAAACCACGAUGGACUCCAUCCAGCAGGAAUCUGAAAGAAAUAGCAGCUUCAUAAGAGAAGAGUAAUUCUUUUCAUUUCAAUUCCAAGUGGAACUUUUGCUUCUCAGAAAAUUAUACCUAUCAUUUCCUAGUUGUAUUUUAACCUAUGUGUCCACUUGCCUGUCUGACUGCUUAACUUUACCACUAUCUGUAAAGAUAUUCAUGCUAGUAACUUUCCUAGUGUCCACAAGUCCAAACACACAUACUAGGUGUGCACAUUUUCCAGAGAUUUCUAUUGCCAGAGAUUUCAGGGUCCAAACCUGAGACCAUGGGGUUUGUGACAUGGGCAGGCCUUUCUGGAGUCAUGGGGGAGGAAGGGAGCAUCAAGUGUUUGCAGGGAAGACAGAACUUAUUCUAGUUGAGCUGAGUGAGGAAGUGAGCAUGAAAGCAAUCUGGGUAAGUAGAGUCGGAAAUAAGAUAAAACCCAAUUGGAAAUUCAAACCCAAGAGGAAGAAAUGGUGGACUGAAAUGCUGCAUCAGGAGACAUAUCUACAGAGACACUGCCUCAAGCUCUGUAGGCACAUCUCCCAAUGAUACCCACCCAAAACCUAACUUAUAAGCAGUGCAUCCUGCCCCAAUAUGGUCAUUUCUAUGUUGUUGAAAAGCAGGGGGACACUACACUGCUUCAAAGGUAGGUUUGGGGGGGGGGGACUUUUGGUCGUAUAUAGUCAGAAGAGAUAUCUUACCUGUGCACUGACCAUAAAAAUGAAUCGCCGUUGUGUGAGUCACUUUUAUGCCAUUGUAAUUCAUGAACAGAAUACCAACCAAUGUAUUUGUGGCAGACAGUGUCUGCAGUAGUUGCAACCACUCUCAAUAGGGCUUGCAUUCUGUGUGGCCUUACCUGGGGAGUUUUUUCUGGGUCCUAUGCUACUUUUGGGGCUUGCAGAUGGCUCACCACCAACAAUGAAGGGUUUUUUUUCUUCUCCAGGCCAUGUAUUGGUGCUAUCACAGCAUUAAGAACAAGCUUGUUGACCCCAUGUGCAUGCACCCACCAUCUCUCUCCCAGUUCUAUCUCCUCGUACCUGACUUUUUGGUACACCAACAUUGCACAAGCACAACAUGCAUACACGUUACACAGAGCCCUUGUGCCAGCUUGGAAUGGGUGGAGGUGCAUGUCCAGGCUUCAGAACCACUUUGCUUACAAAAACCAAACCUUCCACAAUAUUGCUCACCCUGAGAUUUGUCUUCCCACCUGGUAACCAGGAGAACUACAGCAAUGUAUGGGACCUGGUGGUGCCCUGAGAAUUCACAACUGUGAUAUAUACAAGCAUAUACACAGCCACCAAAAGUUAUCUAUUCCCAUUUUCCUGUUAUUUACCCCCAAAGUUGAAGCUAAUCCUUUGCAACAAUUAAGGAAUGAAGCAUGCUGCAUUAUUUAUGUUCAAGAGAGCAAAAAAGCAAAAGACAGUUCAGAUAAACCCAACUGUAAACCCCUGAUAAAGUGUUACUGUAAGCAGUUCUUAAAAGAGAUACAGACUCUACAGUAUUAUGACUGUGUGCUUUUACAGUUAUGUGGCUAUGCAGU